CCCUCUGGCGCAGGCGCGCUGCCCGCUUCUCAGAGCGGACUCUCCCCAGGUAUAAAAAAAUCCCAUCUGCGGAGAGCAACAACGGUGAGCAACCCGGAAGAGCCAGCAGACAGGCCGCGCUAACGCGAGCUUGGUGUUUCUCUUUGUUUUACCUGAGCUCGUGAUCACCUCUGGUUAUCCUGGGAACGAUCUGCCCAAGCAAGGAAAGGCGAGGCGGGGCCACUGCGCCUGCGCGCGUACGGCAGCCGGAAGGAGACACAGGCGGUGCCGCGAGUGACAGCUGCGAGACCCACCCUUUCCCACGUGGCUGCAGAGACUGGCAGUUAGAGAUGGCAUCCAAGCGUAUCACCCAGGAAACCUUCGAUGCAGCUGUGCGGGAGAACAUGGAAGAGUUUGAGAUGGGCCCUGAGGAGGCCGUGAGAGAGGCGGUGGAGCAGUUUGAAUCACAAGGUGUGGAUCUUAGUACCAUUGUAAAAACUGCACCCAAAGUCUCUGCAGAUGGCCCUCAGGACCCAAUGCAUGGCAUCCUGCAGGUUCUUGAUGACCUGCAGGAGUCCCUAAGGGGCUCCAGGUUCCAGGAGGUCUCAGCACACCUUGCUAGUUUCUCCAACCACUGUGGGCAGCACAAAGCCAGCCGCUUCCUGGCAGCACAGAAGGGAGCCUACCCCACACUCCUGGCUGCCUGGCAGCUGGCCACCACUGGCGACCAGGCCCUCCUGCACCAGGCCCUCAAUGCUCUAGCAGCACUGACUGACGGCCAGCCCGACCUUCUGGAUGCUCAGGGCUUGCAGCUGCUGGUGACCACACUGGUCCGGAAUGCGGCAGAUGCCGAUCUCAUCUGCUCUGGAAUCCGCUGCGUGCGCCAUGCCUGCCUGAAGCAUGAGCAAAAUCGUCAGGGCCUGGUGAAGGCUGGUGUGCUGCCCCUGCUGACAGAUGCCAUCGCCAGACACAGCCAGCAUGCUAAUGUGGUCAGGGAGGCCUGCGGGGCCCUGCGUGUCAUGACCUUUGACGAUGACAUCCGAGUGCCCUUUGGCCAUGCCCAUGAACAUGCCAAGUUGAUUGUUCAGGAGAACAAAGGCUUGAAAGUUCUCAUCGAGGCCACCAGAGCAUUCCAGGAUAACCCCAGCGUCCUGAGUGAACUGUGCAGCACCCUGUCCCGCCUGGCUGUCCGCAAUGAGUUCUGCCAGGAGGUUGUUGACCUGGGGGGCCUUGGCAUCCUGGUGACCCUGCUGGCUAACUGCAAUGACCACCAGGAUCUUGUGAAACAAGUGCUGAAUGCUUUGAGGGCUAUCGCAGGCAAUGAUGAUGUGAAGGACGCUAUCAUCCGCUUAGGCGGCACUGACUCCAUCGUGACUGCAAUGAACCGACACCUUGCCAGCCCCCAGGUGUGUGAGCAGAGCUGUGCAGCACUUAGUGUCCUGGCUCUUCGAAAGCCCGAGAACAGCCGCAUCAUUGUGGAGGGUGGUGGGGCCCUGGCAGCCCUGCAGGCCAUGAAGACACACCCACAGGAGGCUGGUGUCCAGAAACAGGCCUGCAUGUUGAUCCGCAACCUGGUGUCCCGAAGCCAGGACUUCUCAAAGCCCAUUUUGGACCUGGGAGCUGAGGAGCUCAUUGUGCAGGCCCGAGCAGCCCACCGAGACUGUGAGGAUGCUGCUAAAGCCGCACUGCGUGACCUGGGCUGCCACGUGGAGCUCCAAGAACUGUGGACAGGCCAGAAGGGUAACCUGGCACUGUGAACUCGGCUCUGCGAGCCCUACCUCCAGGAUGCAGGAGAUACACAUCCUGCCACUUCACCUCCUCCACUCAUGCCAUCCUUGGUGAGAGAUGCUUUCUGGUUGGUUAAUGGUGGGAGGGGGGUUGCCUUGGAGGGUACCUGGACAUGGUAGAAAGCAGCCCUUGGGUCUCCUGGCAGCCUCAUGGCCUGCUUCUCCCUGGUGCCCUUUCCCACCCAUAGCCUUCCUUAGCUGUUCUCACACAAAGGCAUUUUGUACUACUGUGUCUUAGGAAGUUUGGUGGCCACUGGGAACCAGAUACAGGCACCCCCGCACACACCUCCCGCCUCCCAUCCAUUCAGGACUCUCCUUUUUCUCACCUGUAAAAUGGGUUCUGUGGCUUAUGGCUGGUGGGAGGGGGGAAUGUAGCCCAUCUGUUGGGACCUGAUAAUAAAGCCUACUGGAUGAA